AUGGUGUCUCCUUGUUACUGUACUCGCUUGUGCACUGCUGUGGAGGAAACCUCUUCUGAAAGGACUGUGGCUCCUUCCAGAUGUUGGCGGAUUGUUGCCUGCCUCCAUCCUCAUGAAGUCUCAGCUGAUGCCACUGAACCCCCCACCUCCUCAACCCCAGUCUGGCUGGCCGAUCCUCUUGCAUCCCUGGUGGCACCUUCCUCUCCAUUGGUGCCACUGUUUCUAGGGAUGGAUGACGACACAGUUGUCCAGAGUCCUCCUGGCUCUCCUCCCCCUGCUCAUGUUGCACCAGGUCCCUCGGGAGAAGACUACUCUCUGGCCUCUCCUCCUCCUCAUGACCUGAAUGAGGUUGGCACAAGUCAUCCUGCUUGGGAGUUGACAACUCCAGAGCAUCAAGCCAUGUGGGAAGCUGAGCUGGCUUGCUCCCCCACCCCUCCUCCAACUGCUGACGAAAUAGUCAAUGCAAUUCUGGCUCCUCCUCGAGCCAUCACCCCAGAGUAUCAGUUGAACAUGCAACUGCUUACUCCUCCUCCUUGCUGGCAUGGUCGCCAGACUCUGCCCCCCCCCCUCCUCCUGACCACCAUCUCCUGA